GUUAUCGUCUUGACUAUUCCAUGACAGAUACGAAAAAAAUGGCACUGGACUCCCCGGCACCGGCUGCUCCCGACCUUCUGUACCCCAAGACCGUGGGGGCGCUGGUACCGAAGGCAUCACCAACCACGUCGACCUCCACCAGAUUCUACAGCCUCAUUGAACGGGACAACGUCAAGAAGAUAAAGUCCAAAAGACUCCAGGAGGUUCUCCGUUUGGACCCGGUGGCAGACACAGAGGAGUUUAAGUUCCUCUGUAAGAUCUACUUGCCGAAGCGGUUCCAAUUGAACGGCGAUUCGGGGCAGCAGAUGAAACAGUUAUCAGCCGCCCUACCUACGUUUCUCCCUCACUCAAAUGAUACCACCAAUAUCUCAUAUCCCAAGCUCAACUUUGAGCUCCACAUGUUUCUUUCCAGUAUCAUGGUGAACUACGUGACCCUGUGGUACCUCAGGAAACUUAACACCGACAACAUGGAUUUUGUCCAAGUGGUGUAUUCAACACUAUGCGAGUUUAUACGAGAUUUUGCAAUGCGGUGUAGUAUCAUUUUGAACAGCGAAAACUUGUUGGACAGCAUCGACGACUGGAGUGCGAUUCUUAACGACCACAUUGAGGGCUUGGUUGGCGAAAACACUAUCAGGAUAGUGGAACAGCAGGGUGGUUUACCGGUGGUACUGGAACCCACUGGCGACCGGACAAUAAUCGAUCAGUAUCUAGCCAGUCAGCAUGUUAUAUUUGCAUCUGACGCAUCGAAACAGAAGUAUUUCCGUGUGCUAGUGAAGAACUUGCUUAGUACCACCUUCUCGUCGGCGGACGACAACCUUGGGCCUCUCAAUACCCAGAUAGGCAUGAACUUUGUGGAUAUCGUGGUGGCUGACUUGGUACUAGGUAAAAUCCUCAACAAGCUUAGCACGCCCGACUUCUGCCUAUCGGUGAUUCUGAGAAUAGUAGGGGCCGUUAAGGCCAAGCUUGACGAUAGACUCUCGAGUGUCAAAACAACAUCCCAACCGAAGUCGAUACGAGAGAAGAUCAAAAAUAGCUUUUCCAGGAGCUACAAAGACGUGGGGUACUUGACGUUCUGGAACGACGAAGGGGUUGAUACCGACCACAAUAUCCUUGAAAAUAGCGUGUUCCGCUUGCUCAAUACGUUGACAGGGUUCAGCGACCGCAAACCACUUUUUGCAGCCAUUGUGUCGACGGUUCGCAGUGUGAUCAUGUCGCACAGUGCGCUUUCCACCAAAGUCAAUAGAAUCUUCAAAAAGUACCUUUUCAAGGGCAUUGUUAAGUCCCGGUUGAUUCAUGACGAUACGUUGUCAAAGGUGAUCUCGAGCCUCCGAACCAGUGUUUUUAAUGACGACAAUCCCCCUGUGCCACAAGUGGAACUUUCGGCCACAACCAUCGCCAACGACAUCUACGACCUACUCACCCACAAGGCUCUUCCAGGCAACCUUUUUUCGUACUUCAAGUACAAGGGUGAGUCAAAGACCGACACCCUCCACUCAAUUGAGUGUACGCUCCGGGUGUUCAUGGCCCCUGUGGACUCAGAAACUAAUGUUCCCAGCACCCUCAACCAGUGGCUUUGGGUCAAAAUUAUCGACAAUUUGGUCGCGAAAAUGUAUCCUGAGUUAGUUGAAGAGACGCAAAUAUAAGCAACAACACCAUUUUUGCAAUGGAAUCAAUACACCUGCUAACGCGUGCGUUGAGCGAUAAGAACGUAUACAACUAUUUCACGACCCUCUGCCAGUUGCCGGUAGAGGAGACUUCAGAUCCCCAAAUCAUCAAACUCCUCAACACCCUCGAGCUCUUUGCAUUUGGAAACAUCCGCCACUACUGGCAAUACCGGGCCAACUUCAUCGAUUUGACCCGUGAGCAGGCAAUAAAACUUGUCAAGCUUAGCAUCUGGGAUGUGUUGAGCCAGGUGGCAGGAGGGACGAUUGCGAUGGAUACUAUCACCAAAGACCCUGGGUUGGUUGGAGCAUUGACACAAAUAGACGGCCACAAAGACGUGGAACUCGCGCUCGAAGUGCUUCUUCUUGAGAUGUGUGGCGAGAGUGUACGUACGGUAAUUGACGAGGUCAAUGGGACCAUCACCGUGGUGGAGGUGACCAAAUACCGUGAUGUCUACGAUUCUCGGCUCUAUGGGUUGAAAGUGCUCCAGCCGCAGGAUAUCAGGAGUUUGACAUAUCACAAGCAGCAGCUUGAACAGUGGCUUGGGACGAGCGUGUGGCAGGUCCAGGCGGAAUACGGGAAGGUGGUGGAGAAGAGUAAAAAACGUCGACAGCCAAGCGAAGUGUGAAGUGGACAAGUAGACAACGCUGACUAGGCAAGCGAGGCGGCGAGAU